AUGGUGGUCGGUCGUGUCGUCCUUCUGCUCGUUUUCGUCGUCGGCCUCGCCGCUGCUUGGGCCAUCGACGGUUCGUUUCGAUUAAUACUAUUAUUUUCAUUCAUUCAUUCAUAAAAGAAUAAAUUUGAAAGUUUUUUUUUGUUUGAAUUCUUAAAAAGAAAAAGGGACUAACCCAGAAAAUUAACAAGUUAUGGGUUAUUUUUAUUUUUCACUUUGUCUUGGAAUUUUCUGAAAAUUUUCUCAAAAAGCUCUGAAAAAUGUUUAACGUCUCAAAAAAACUCACCAAUUUUCGAGAAAAAUGGCCUCAAAAACGUCAUUCUUCAGUUGGAUUGGCCAUGAUUAAAAUUCAAGAUUUCUUCAAGAGAAUAGGAAUCUUCAAACCUUUACUUGAACUAAAAAAAUGUGUCUGGUCAAACUUCAAAAGAAUUACCUUCUUUUUUUGAUUUUUGAGCAAUAUAUCUCCAAAAGAGUUUUCCACUCAUGUCACCUACGCUAAAUUGAUGCAAAUAAAUCUUAUUUAUUCAUCUUUUUUUAGAUCAAAGAGCUCUUCAUAGUUCACACAAAUCUAUGGAUUAAUUUUUUCACAUUUUAGUUCUUUUUUCAUUUUUCGUUAGGUAAUGCAUGGAAGUCCCAUUUCUAACUUGACCAUGCAUAUAAAGAAAUUGUGUACAGUAAAGAGAUAUUCAUUUGAAAGCAGAUUUCUGAGUUACUUUUUUCGAUUCAGAAGUCAAAGAUAAAAGGAUUUUUUUGCCGUAAGAUGAACCCAACCCUUGCCUCCUCUGAGAAAAUCAGUGAUUGUUUUCUAAAGAACUAUUCACUUUUUUUGGCUAGUUAUCAUUUUCUUCUGUUACCCUCUUAUUUUGAUGACGACGCUGAUGAGACUUGAGACCUAUGGAACCAUUGCUGAACACCCAAACCGCUGGUCUACGGCCGCCGCUUUUCUUCUCAAAUCGAAUUGUUCUUUUUUUAAUGUUUUUGUGUUUAUUAUAUAAAUGAUUAGUGAAAUUUGAGCUUGAAAAUCGAUAGUUCAAAAAUAAAACUAGCUGUCUCUAUUUUUCAUAUGUUUUUUAUCGAGUCUUUUUUUAUAGUUCAAAUUGAUGACUUUUUUUGUCAAAUCCAACUUGAAAAGUUUUUUUCAAAUUCUUCGGAAAAAUUGAUAUAAAAACACUGAUAAUAUUUGUAACACGGAAAAAUUGAUACAAUUUGCUUUUUUUCUACAACUUUCGAUUGUUUUUUUAAUUCUGAAAGUGCUAAGAACAUUCAAAAAAAUAUUAGCCUGGAUCUUAAUAAUUGAAAAAAAGAACGCAACUAAUUUUUUUCAUUCGUUUUUCCAUGCAUAAAAUGUCUAAAAAGCUCUUUUAAAAACACCAUUCUGCGAAAAAUCUCUAAUGAAUUUUUGACUUUUUAAAAAAAUUCGACCUUCUUUAUUAAUGAACCUUAAAAACAGAGCAAACGUUGAAGUCAUUAUUUCAAAAAAAAAAAGUGAGUAACAUUUGGGCUCUUGAAGUACUCGUGAACAAUGUUUCUCUCUAGAGCAAAUAUUGUUCGCAAAACAGAGCGAAUCUUCGAGCCCUGACGUAUUGUGACUACCGAUCUCCGAUUUUGACCUCAAAAAUCAGCCGAACCACUUGGGAUGCGGCUUUUCACGAGUUUGUGCAGUCUGUAUUGUCUUUGGUGACAUCAUUUAUGUUUUCUUCCUGAAAAUCUAGCCCAACUUUUUGAGUUUACUCACCAGAUUGACAGUGACUGAAAAAAGAAUGGUCAAGUUCCGACUUUAUCAUUUUUUUUUAACUUUUAGCUUUUGAAGUUGACUUUUUUUUGUGGUUUAUUCAUUAAAAAAAGAAUUUUUUUAUAAUCAUCAGCUAAGAUGAAUUUUCAGUGUAGCGUAUGAUGUUGGGGAACAUCUUUUUUCAUUUUUUCAUUUUUUCAACUUACCAACUGGUUUGUUUCUGUUUGAAAAAUUCUUGCAGUCGUUUUGAAAGCGACUAUAUGUUUUCAUUUAAGGCCGCAGAAACAUCCAUUUUUAAAAAACCCAUACAAAUUUUGAACAAAAUUUCGUGAAAAUAAGGAAAAAAAACUCACAAAAUGACGUGUCAUGGGUGGAGUUGAAGAUUCAAAGGGAAUAAAUCGGCUCCCUUUCAAAAAGCCAAAUAAAAGGUAGCCGGAUAACAUUGAGAUUUUGAUCAAAACACUUGGAAGUACAUGGGAAAAAUUCGUGUUUUACUCGCGGAGGAAAAAUGAAAAACAGAACAGACAAAAUCUGGCAAAAUACUCUUGUAAUGGAUUAUUUCUUCUGAGAAAUUUGAUAGACUGAAUAAAUAGAAAAAAAGAAUUUUUAUGAAUUUAAGGGCCUUCAAUGGUGCCUGAGCACGAGUACGCGAGACACCACGAGGCGAAUCUCUUCAGACAAAGGCUUCUUUCAGCUUUCAGGUGAUCCUUUAAAAAAAAAAUCUUCCUUCUAAAUUUUUCUAAAGGACCAAAUGUUUUUCUGUGCAUUAGCUCAUUUUUUUUUUCAAUGUUACGUUUUUGAUUUCAGAAGUAUUGACCCGAAGAUCUCCGAAAGCGUAAUGGACAGGUUCACGCGUUAUCCCAAGGACUAUUAA